AUGUUUUCACAAUCAGCUCGUCGGUUUACGCCGGCUGUGAUGUCUUUUCAAUCCGCUCGAGCUCCCAUGAGACGACGCACCUUCACCUCCACACAUGCUAUAUUCAACUCAUCUGAGAAGCCGAGUGCAUACAAAGAAGGGAUGAACCAAUAUCGAACCUUUACUGGCCCCUUCGCCAAGGUCUUCUUGGGGGGCGUGUUCGUCUACCAGGUCCUUUAUUGGACUUGGUUAAAGUUGGAGAUGGAUGAGACUAAGGUGGCAAAGAAUGAGCAAGUGGCCGUGCUAGAGAAAGAGGCCCGGGAGAUUACUAGCACCCAGAAAUAA